AUGUCUUCCCUUCCGGCCCAGUUGCCGAACUCUUACCCUAACCAGGUUCAGACGGCCUUUCACUCACACAUCCAGCCCUCCAACGUCGCGCUGUCCGCCAUCAGUGCGUCCUCUGUGGCCUCCAAUUCACUACAAGGAUCGCCCAUCAUGUCACCCGAUACCGCCGUUCUGACCACCAGCUCGUCGGUCCAGCCGUCGCCUGAACCCAUGCGAGGCCGGGACGAGGAACCCUGCCCCUCCAACUUCCAGUUACCGGACCCGGUUUUGUCUCGCAAGACGAGCACCACCUCACUGGGCCAGAGUUUCAUCAACACGCCCAGCACAAUGCCUGAGAUCAUCCCAAAGAGCAAUCUCAUGCGCCGAUUCUCUAACCGGGCUCAUCGAUUUGCUAGCAGGAGACGGCAGUCCUCGGCGGCCCCUGCUAGCCGUGAUGGUAGUGUUGGCCCUAGCAUCUUGCGCCGCCGUAGUGACAGCAAUGCCACCACUCAAACAGAGUCCAACGUCUUGACUGACACCGACGAGGAGGCGGACACAGUGCAGGACGAUGCCAUCUCUCUGUUGGGCCUCGAUGGCGCCACUCAAAACUCAUCAGGCAACAGCACCGCCGGCUCUAUCAGUGGCAGCUCGAGCACGAUGGCCGGACCCGUGCUACCAACCCAGCUCCAGAACGGCAACCCAGUUCUCAAGGUGUCCAGGAAAAAUCGCACGAGACGGGUCAACCUUGUGUAUGAGACCGAAUCCAACAAACUCUCCUGGGACCCGGCCCGCCCCCAAAAGUCCCUUCAUGUUGAUGAAAUCAAGGAGAUCCGAACUGGUUCCGAUGUUCAACAAUACUGCCUCGACUUUGGAGUAUCUGACUUGUCAACAAUGGAGAACUGGUUCACCAUCAUGUACACGGUCCCGGAGAAUUCGAGAACUAAGUUUCUGCACAUUGUUACCGAUGAUAAGGAGAGCUUAAAGGGAUGGACCGACUUUUUGGAUGCGAUGUUGAAGCAUCGCCAGGAUUUGAUGACUUCGCUGAUGACCUUCAACGACCGAGCUAUUGCGCAGUACUGGCAGUCUGAGAUGGCAAAGGAAUUUGGCACACAGCCUCGGAGCCCUGGACAGGAGGAGCUCAACAUUGCCGGAGUGAAGCGUGUCUGCCAGACCCUUCAUAUCUACAGCUCACAAUGGACCUUGGAGUCCAACUUCUUCCUCUCUGACGCCCGACGACGGGAGAAGCUCAACUUUACCGAAUUUAAAGACUUUGUCCGUCGGAUGAAGCAGAGACACGAUAUCCAGCGAAUUAUUCGCAGCAUUGCAGCUAACCCCGAGACUGGUAUCACCUUGCCUGAGUUUAUCGCUUUCCUGCGGGACGUCCAAGGUGAGGAUGUCGACUCGAACCUGGCCAUGUGGGAAAAGCACUUCGCCUACUUCAGCAGCCAGUUCCGAACCGACGAGGCGGAAAUCCCGGGCAUGCCGGUCAUGUCGGAAGCUGCCCUGGUCGGGUUCCUGGCCUCAGAGCACAAUAUGCCUCUUGUGGCGGAACCUAAGGAGUACACCCUGGACCGCCCUAUGAAUGAAUACAUCAUCUCGAGCUCCCACAACACCUACCUCCUUGGCCGACAAGUGGCGGGCCAGUCUAGCGUCGAGGGCUACAUCUCGUCCCUGGUCCGAGGCUGCCGCUGCGUGGAGGUCGAUUGUUGGGAUGGGAGCUCCGGUCAGCCGGAGGUUAACCACGGCCGCACGCUGACCACCUCGAUCAGCUUCCGAGAGGUCAUGACCACAAUCAACAAAUACGCCUUUGUCAAGUCAAAAUUCCCGCUCUGGAUCUCACUUGAGGUUCACUGCAACCCGACCCAGCAAGUGCUCAUGGUUGAAAUCAUCAAGGAAGCAUUCGGCCCUCGACUGGUCCUCGAGACCUUGGAAGACUCGCCCGACAAGCUUCCCUCGCCAUCUGAGCUUAUGGGACGCAUUCUCAUCAAGGUCAAGAAGCCGCAGAUCAAGGAAGAGCCUACCAGCACCGACUUCCGAGGCCGUCGUCGAGGAAACAGCUUGAACUCGCCAUUGACUCGACCCAUGGCCGACAGCACCGCUCUGAUCCCAUCGCCGUCGCUCCCCCAGAGCCCCAUGCUGAGCCCCAGUCACUCCUCCCGCCGACUGGUCAGCAAGACCCGAGUCAACACAAUCACCGAAGGUCGGGUCCAGGAUAUGAUGAGCAGCAGCACCAGCGACAACGAAAGUGGCGGUGAGAGAAACUCCAAGAAAGCCUCUAACAAGACGGUUAAGGUUCUUGGAGACCUCGGCGUUUACUGCGCUGGGGUCAAGUUUGCUGGAUUCGAUACUGCGGAAGCCAAGCAGUACAAUCACAUCUUCUCCUUCAUGGAGUCGAGCUUCGCCAAGCACUCUCGAGUCAAGGAGGAGAAGAUGGCUCUUGAUAUCCACAACAUGCGCUACAUGAUGAGGGUGUACCCUGACCGAACCCGAAUCACGUCCAACAACUUUGAACCCCUCCACUACUGGCGUCGCGGAGUCCAGAUGGCGGCUCUCAACUGGCAGACUUUCGACCUAGGCAUGCAAAUCAACCGCGCUAUGUUUGAUGGCGGCUCGGACUGCUCGGGCUACGUUCUCAAGCCCGCAGAGCUCCGAGACAUCCAAGUUUUGCCUUUCAACGCCGACAUUGCGGAGGGCAAGAAGGAGCGCAGCGUGGUGUCAUUCAGCAUCGAUGUCAUCUCGGCGCAGCAGCUUAUGCGACCAGCCAAUCUCCCCGCUAACAAGUCGAUGGACCCUUACGUCGAGGUGGAGAUCUUCCACGCUAACGACAAGCGCGACAAGAAAGAUCCUGAGUCGAGCAUGUGCCCGGACCUGGACUCGCCCCUCAAGGUACAGACCGACGUCAUCCGCCAGAACGGCUUCAACCCCAUGUUUGACCGCCAAUUCAAAUUCAGGGUCACGACAAAGCACCCUGAACUGAUCUUCGUUCGAUGGUCGGUCAAGCUCUCUAGCGACGGUGAGAGCUACAACGAACGACCAGCAGUGGCUACCUACACUGCCAAGCUCACCAAUCUCAAGCAAGGAUACCGCACUCUGCCCCUCCUCAACCACGCUGGUGACCAGUACCUCUUCUCCAAGCUCUUCUGCAAGAUCAAGGUGGAUUCGGUUGAGAAGAUGAUGAUCGAGGCGCCCCGCCGCAGCCAGGACAGCAACAAGUUUAACCGCCUGGGCGGCAAGGUAUUCAGCCGCAUCAACACCAGCCCCCGAGGCACGAUCGACAAGUCCAGCACGGAGAAGACGAGCUUUGAUAGCUACCCAUGA